AUGUCUCCACCACUCAAUAAUUUCCCCUCAAACAAAAAAGAUACCCCUUACUCCACCCCUACUUUCCGGUUUCCGGCGGCAUCCCCUCGCCGGACGGCGUCGUUCUCGUCGGAAUCAUCCUUCGAUUCCCUUUUCUCCUCCAACGACGACGAAUCCUACCCUCCGUACAACCCUGGCACCCCUCUCAAGCUCAAAGGCAUCCCGUUUUCUUGGGAACGAAUCCCCGGAAUCCCCAAAUCCCGUCAACCGAAAAACGACAAGUUCAACAAAUAUUCCGGCCAUCUCCUCCCUCCGCCGCCGGCCGGAAAAUCAUUCUGCCGCCCGGCCGAUGGGUCUUUUCGCCGGGACCCAUUUUUCACGGCGCUAGUCGAGUGCUCCAAGGAUGACGAUGGCCGUGGAGCGAAUUUCGGCAAUUUUAGCUCCAAGAUUACGAGGACUUUAAGCGAUAGGUUCGGGCUCGUGGGCAAGUACGCUUCGUGCAAGAGCACUUGCACGGUCUCGGACUCGAUCAUGUGUCAGUCAAGACCGGGCCCGCAUUAUCUCGUCUACCGUCUUUAG